AAUUCAGAAGGCUGCAUUAUUCACGAUUCAUCGACCUCCUCGCUGAAGCUUCGAGCGAUCUUAUCGAGAAUAAUCUCCCCCUGAAUUUGAUUAUGGAUAAAGCUAAGAUUUGUGUACAGAUGUAACGGCACAUUUUAUUAAUUAAAAUCAUUUUCCAACCGUGCUUUGCCUGAUUAUGCACACGCACAACUCUAUCGGAUGAAAAACACAUCAAGGAAUUGUAAACAUUUGUACAGAGGCGAUUUUACUCGACGAAUUCAAAACAUUGCUAUCGCAGUAUCAGUUGCUGUUAUUUCCUGGUCUUGGAAAGUAUUGCGUAUUAUCAGAGAAUAGUUUGCUGGGGAGAGAGCUCGUUUUAUUUUGCUGAAGAUAAAAGGAAAAGAGCCACUUAGAGGUUUGCACAGUCGUGUACCGUACUGUUUUGGUUUCCUUUGCUAUUGCCCGCAUAAUCGAAAGCUAAUACGUGAAACACUGACGUCUGCUGUCAAGAUACGGGAUUUAAUGGAUUUUGGGGAUUCUUUCGCUGAUUUGUAUUAAUAUAAGAGCCUUCGGUGCUCAAAGCUGGCUGUCCGAGGCUUUGUGAAUGCAUGAAGAUGUAAGACGUAAGAUUUCUGCUUCAACCUUUGGUUAUGUGAUCUCAUUAAAGGAAAGCCGUCCAUGUGGAGAAGGAAAUGAUGAUUACUGUUUAGAAUAGAAAAACUCGCUUCACAGUGUGCUGAAAUCUUCGUUAGCUGCAGUUUAACAACAAGCAAAGGUUUUUUGCCUGGUUAUCGGUGUUGAUCAGUGGACACUCACAAGUGCUGAGGAUGUUGGAUUGAGAGUAGCCGAUUGGCGUGAUUUAUUAAUCAAAGCCGAUUGGCGUGAGCUUACAGGAAUUCUUUCUUUCAAAAGAGCACGUGGGACUGUGAUUCGUAAUGGCGAGUCAGUUGAAAUUAGGCUUUGACGAAGAGGCGCCUAGCAUGGAAACUGGAACCUUGCUAGAAGAAGUUAAUGGCGCACCGGAGAGUAAAGAGUUUAGGAGUGAUAGCAGCGGCGAUGUCAACCUAGGAAGCAUGAGUUUUAUCCGUAAGAAAAGACUGCUUCAAAACGGAGCCUCUAUCGAUUCCGCUAAGCUUGAAAAACAGUUACUGUUGUCAGAACGCCUCCCUAAAGGCCUGACCGAAAUACCAAGAUUUAUACCAACUGAGAAAAACGUAAGUUCACCGAUAAUGUUCGAAAAUAUGCAUCUUCACCACAAAAGGCUACUCGCAGACUUUUUUACGACGUGUAUCGACGCGAAAUGGCGGUGGAUAAGCAUUCUUUUCUCAUCAAGUUUCAUAUUGAGUUGGCUAUUUUUCGGCACGCUCUGGUGGCUAAUUUAUUACCUAAGGAAAAGGUACGGAUCGAGCGCAAAUUGUAUUGAUAAUGUUGACUCAUGGACGGGAGCCUUUCUUUUCUCUCUCGAAACUCAAACAACGAUAGGUUACGGAGGUCGACAGGUGACCCCUGAGUGCCCAGAGGGAGUUAUCCUUCUUGUCCUACAAACUAUUGUCGGAUUGUUUAUUACAUGCUCGAUGUUGGGAUUGACUUUCGCCAAGCUUUCGAGGCCAAAAAACCGAGCAAAUACUGUCGUUUUUUCGAACAAAGCCGUAAUUACACUUCGAGACUCAAAACUCUGUCUUAUGUUCCGAGUGGCUGACUUACGGCGUCGAAGACUUUACGACUGUAACGUUCGUGCUGUGCUUAUACACUCGAAAAUUACGAAAGAGGGUGAAGUUAUACCCUUUCAUAUGAGUGACUUAUCUUUAACUAUCGAUUUCAAACAAACUGAAUAUACAAUGAGAAUAUUUCCGAUUUUCCCACUGAACCUGAUUCAUCCGAUUGAUGAAGAGAGCCCCCUAUUCGACAUGUCUAGCCUGGAUCUAUCUAGAAACCAUGUAGAGGUAGUCAUCAUUCUUGAGGGCACUGUCCCCCACACAGGCAUGGUGACUCAGGCCGUGAAAUCAUACACCUCAAAGGAGAUUUACUGGGGUCAUCGGUUCCAAGAAAUGAUCACUGGGAGGUGCUUUGUUGACAAUGUUUGGAGAGUGGAUUUUUCCCAAUUCCAUUUGACAUACAAGGACAACGUUACGCCGAUGAUAUCGGCAAGGGAGCUCAGUCAGAUUGACGAUGAAAGCGAUUCGAAUGGGUAUCAGACGGGGUCAAGCACAGCCUCGGCGCUUUCUGGCUAUCAUGGAGCGACACUGGCUGUCCCAGAAAGUGUCAUUAUAGAUAUUGACACACGAGGCUUCUCCUCCAUCCCAGCUUUGAAAGAGACGGAGGCGUGACUAUUACGCUACUCAUGAACGACAAUUGUUCGUUCGUCAUUUGCAGUAAUGGGAGUUGAAUUGCUAUCACAGCAACAGAAAGAUUAUUGCAACCAACAAGUGCAGAAACUGACGAGAACAUCAUGCUUGGUGAUUGGUUUUCCUAAAAGGCUUGCAAAAUGCAAUCAUAGUAAACUUGUUUUAAUAGAGAACAAUUUUCCCAAAUAGAAAACAACACAUGUUGACUUAGCGAUAUCGUCUUCUAUUACUCCUACGUCAGUUAUCCGUAAUUUAGCUUUGUGUUAAUUAGCAAUUUACUUUGGAAAACAAGCACGAUGCUAUUAGCAAUUGAGUGCAAUAUUAUGUUUGGCUGAAUUUGUCAUCAUUUUCGUUACAAGAGACUGCACCCCUUUAUACUGAUAUUCUAUCCUCUGAUAAAAGGCCCCUUGUCUCUGUGGGCUUAGCGGUCCCUUGACUUAAUAUUUUCCACCUCACCUUCAAUUUCAACCAUAAUUGCCAUUUUUCAACCGUGAUAAGAACAGAACAAGGAGCUAUACUUGACAAAGAGCUGUUUGAACAUGUUUUUAUAAAGCAGACAAGUUUUAUCUGUCUUAAGUUUUGAAGGAAUGAUGGAACAUAAUCAUGCCUUCAUAUUGGCUACGAUAGAAUAUCGCGAACCUCUACCUAUGAAGCAGUAAAAAGUUAUCUGAUAAAGUUUGAUGUAAGUUUUUAGCUAGCAAAGGAAAAUAACACUGGAUCAUAUACCCACAGUGUUGGUAACGAAACCACAUGAACACAAAAAGUGCCCAACAGUCUCAGGCCAGAGGGUUUUUAGCAACUUUUGCUUUCUCGACAGGCCGAAAUUUUUUCUUAUACGAGUAUUAAUUUUAUACUUUCACUAUCAAGAAAUUUUGUAACAGAAAUUUGAGUAUUGAUUAGUUGAGUAGCGCGCUAUUUGAAUGUACGUAUUUUCCGGCCAGUGUACUUGUUGUAUUUGAUAUUAGCCCUCUGUUGCCUCGGUAUGUUUAAUGGCCAAGCCGAUUCGUAGCAAAUGUUUCACGUUUAGGUGAAAAAUGAGUGUUUUUAGUGAUGUGUUUUGCAUAUCGUUAACAAUAAAUGACUAGAUAUAUCUCGUUAUAUUACUUUGGUAUGUUAAUUGUACUCAAAUGUCUUCUUCAUGCUUUAAUUACAACCACCCUUUGACCUCCAGUCCUUCCCAAGUUCACGACUAGGAUCCUUCUCGUCACAGGCAAAUUUAUCCCGUGCUCCGGCAGCUUACAUUCACCCUGUUUGAAGAUGAAAUGUUAAUAACAAACAAAAGUUUCGCGCUCAUUGACAUUAAAUACAAGACUUUUCAUUAUGGGUUUCUAUGUUUAUUUGAGUUCCCCUUUCCAUAGGAUAUUCUCGUCAAUCUUGAAGCUAUCGCGGCAUUUUAAAAGAGAUCUGUCUUGAAAGGGCAGUUUUGUAAUUAAAGAUCGAUUUCCUAAUGUCGGAAUUUCAUUUGUGAAACGGUACAAAAUAAUGAAAAUGCCACCAACAAAUUGCCUUAAAUGUAAGGCUAUCUAAAAAUAAUGAGUGUAACACACUGCUUUGUGAAAUCUCCAUUCCAAAACAAGGUCAAUGUUCUCGGGGGAAGGACUACACGCCUCCAUUCGCUUUAUCGUUUGUAAACUCCCACGAGCUAACAUACCCACGUAAUUUCAAAUUGAUAUUUCAGCAUAUUCCGUCUUGUUUACGAUAUAUAGAAUCACAUCUUAUAGGCCAAGAAUACCAAACCCGCUUUGGCUCUGGAUUAGAUGCCGAGAAAAACUCACCCAAAGCUACCACGAAAAAGACUGCAAUCGCAAUAGUUUCGUUUCAAAACGUGGUCAACUAAGCAAGUAUCUUGUAGAGUGAUGAGAUGUAAAAAUGAAUUUUAUUCUAUGAAGUUUUUUUUAUUUGAAAUUCCAUAUGCAUAUUCAAGAUGGUGCCGACGAAGAUCGAUAUGAUUUGAAUUUCAGUACUGCCAAGGACAUCAGGCUUUUCCAAGUUUUUGAUAAAAUCAUUUAAGGUUUUAAAUGUCCUUCCUUCGAGCAAGGGGGAAGCAGGGUCAUCGAAAGCCCACCUAAUUUUAAGAUUUCAAAAUUUUAAAUAUUAUUGAAGCGCAGAUUGUGCUUUUUAAAAAGGUUCUAUUUGCUAACCCUUCUCUGUGACAAUCUCUGCCUUGUACAAUUAAGGUGAAUAGAACCAGCUUCGGCUCUUUUUGAAGGAAUAUUAGCUGUAGUUUUAUAAAUAGCUAUAUAUAUAAGUUAUAUUCAUUGAAUUUUCCUAAAUUUAUAUCCUUUCAUAUGCUUGAUAUUUUGAGCAUAGAACCACAUGUUCCUGCAAAUGUUAUUCCUUAAUUGUAGAGUAUUUCUUCAAGAUACAUUUGCAGCCCAAAGCAUUUUUGAAAGGAUGUAAAAUUAGAGGUAAAUAAUUUAUUAGUUACUUAAUGUCAUUAAGAUUGGUCAACCAUUUAUGAUGCUUUCAUUAUUUCUACUGUUUUUCAUGUAGUUGAAUUCCGUUUUUAUAUACAAACCAAAUUGAAAUUGUGAAAUGUCGUGAAAAUGUUAAAA